AUGUCGGUCACGGUCCCCCAUCUUACGGCGCCGGCAUCGGGCAAAUCGUCCAGUGACGCCGAGUCAAUGCGCAAGGUUGAGGUCAACUCGGACGCUGAUACCGUCUCACUCGCCGACCCGGCACUCGUGCGUUCGGCAAAGUGGAAGAUGGACUUGGUCGUGAUACCGCUUGUCGGCAUGUACUAUCUGUUGUCAUUCUUGGAUCGUUCAAAUAUCGGAAAUGCAAGGAUCGCCGGCUUAACAAAGGACCUCGAUAUGUCGACCCAUGACUUCAGUGUGGCGCUCACCAUCACAUACGUGCCGUAUAUUCUCAUGGAGCUCCCCAUGAACUUGCUCAUGAAGAAGCUCGGUCCGAACAUUACACUUCCUGUCAUGGUCACCUUGUGGGGCAUGGUAACUGCUUGCCAGGGGGCCGUCAAGUCGUAUGGUGGUCUAUUGGCUUGCCGAUUCUUCUUGGGCGCGCUUGAGGGAGGGUUAUUCCCCGGCAUCACUCUUUACCUAUCUUCCUUCUACCGGAGGCAUGACAUGCAACUGCGCUUCUCCAUGAUGUUCAGCGCGGCUUCGCUCGCGGGAGCCUUUUCGGGUCUUUUGGCAGCUGCCAUUGAGAAAAUGGCCGGGGAUAGGAAUAUCGCUGGAUGGGCGUGGAUCUUCAUCCUGGAGGGCGUCUUCACUACCAUCUUUGGCAUAGCAUCGUACUUCAUCAUCCCGGAUAGCCCGAACAACGUCAAGCUUCUCACUCAAGCGGAGCGCGAGGCAUACGUGCAAUCGCUUGCGCAGGACUGGAGCGGCGAUGCCGAUGCGGACGGCAAGGAGGCCGAGGUAUUCUCUUGGUCGGAGGUGGCGUCAGUCUUCACCAAUGCGCCUCAUGUCAUGCUUCUUUCACUCCCUCUGUUCUUCAGCGGCAUCACUCUUUACGGCUUGGCAAAUUUCACCCCGACUAUCGUGGGGGCGUUGGGCUACUCUACCACGCGCACGCAACUCUUGACCGUCCCCCCAUACGCCUGCUCAUUCGUACUCAGUCUGUUGAUCGCUUGGGUCUCAGAUCGAUACAAGCAACGCGGCGCAUUCGCCAUCUUCAGCUCCCUUCUUGCUGCAGUCGGAUACGCCAUCUUCCUCGGUACCAGCAGCAAACACGCCGACUAUGGCGCGCUCUUCCUCCAGAUCAUCGGUGUCUACACUCUCGCCCCGUGUAUCUCCACCUGGAAUGCGAACAACGUCCAGCCUCACUUCCGCCGCGCAACUGCUAUCGCUUGGGCCUUCACGGCGACGAACACCGGCGGCAUCGUCUCGACGUGGAUCUUCACCGAUGCCCCGCGCUUCCACAAGGCAUCGAGCAUCAACCUUGCCUUCUCAUUGGCUGGCGCAGUCAUGGCGCUCGUGGUCAUGCUGUACCUCAUCCACGCCAACAGGCAGAAGCGCGCAGAGGUCGCCCGCCUUGAACGUGAGCAGCCCGGGGGCGUCUGGGACUCGCGUGCCGAGCGUCGCCGUCUCGGCGACCGCCAUCCACGCUUUGAAUUCACUCUUUAG